AUGGCACAAAACGGAGUUCCAUUUGGCGAGGGAAACUUUGUGCGAGAUUGGUUGCAGAUAAAAGGAAAUGUCUACAAACCUAGCCGAGAACACCCAAAACGAAUAAUAGAUGGCCUGAAAUGCACAAGGUCAGAGGUCAGUGGGAGCAGAUUCUGGGCUUUGUUCAAGUCAAUAUGUAAGACACCUGAAAAUUUCUUUAAGGAUUGCUUUGUGCACAAUGUUUGUCCACUUAUGUUCAUGAAAACAUCUUCCAAAAAUGUUACUCCACCUCAACUCAAAGCUGAAGAACGCAAACAGCUGACUGCAGUCUGUAACAAUUCCUUCUGCAAGGCAAUCAAACUACUUAAUGUGAAACUGAUCAUUGGAGUUGGCAAGUUUGCAGCAGACACUGCUGCCAAUGCCUUGAAGAAUACAAAUUCAUCCUUUGAAUGUUCUAAGCUCUAUCCACAGUUGGCGCUUGCACCUCACCUCCAUGGCUACCAGCCUAUUGCUUCCCUUUCCUUUGCCAUGUCAUUCUUACUUUUUCUCUUUUCUGCAAUCUUCACAUGA